CCCUGGGCGCCUGGCUCGGAGAGGGCAAUGCGGGCAGGACUCCCGGGUUCCCUGUCAUAGCGCGGCGGGUGCCUCCUCUCUCUCAAUGUCCCAAAAGGAAGCUCCUCUUGCCAAACGAAGGCUGCGGGACCUUUGUGAAAGUGAGAGCAGCUGCAGCCCCGGGUGGUUGGGGGUGCUGGCUCAGGGACUUCCCGCGCGGGGUCCUCGGCCUCUGACCUCCCGGGAAUGAGGGGGCGGGCUUCCACUGCUGCUUCUAGCGGGGCCGGGCUCCUUGGGAUCCGGGGCGAGGUGCCCGGGGACUUCGGAAGUCAGGCUCUGGGCCCCCUCUAAGAAACCGGAGCAACUUCAUCGGGCACAAACUUUCCCGAGACGCGCGCCUGGCUCAACCUGACCUCCCUUAGCUGACGAAGAAGGAGGAGAGAGUGGAUGGAUGGCCACGGCGGCGGCAGACCGCGCCAGGGACAGGUGCAUCCCCAGCGGGUCGCGGGUCGCGCUUUCGUGUGAGUUUGUCUUUUGCGGAGUUGUGCUCAGGUAUGAAGCCGGCUCGACCUGUGAGCGCGGGGCCGCCUGCCUGACCCCGCCUCGCACUUGCGUUCUGAUUUCGGGUUGUUGUCUAUAGGGUGAUUGCUCUGGUGUGGUCAAGGCCUGGAGUGUAGUCCGCAACGGUCCGGGUGCAGGGAAGCAUGCUGGGGGCGCGAGCACUGCUUUCCAAUUUGAGACCCGCACGCUGGAGUAGCAGUAGCGGAAACACUAUGGAACUGCGGAUGUCUCCGUUUUGGGUUUGGGGCUUGGAAGGGAAAGAUUCGUUUGCUUCCGUGACUGUCCCCUGACCCAGACUUCAGGAGAGGUGGGAGUCCGAGGAGAGAGAGCAAGAGAUCGAGACUGAGAACCCACUGCAACUACCAAAAUGGGCAGCAAAACCUUGCCAGCGCCAGUGCCCAUACAUCCAUCCCUUCAGCUCACCAACUAUUCCUUCCUUCAGGCAGUGAAUGGCCUGCCCACAGUGCCCUCGGACCACCUGCCCAACCUGUAUGGUUUCAGUGCGCUGCACGCUGUGCACCUGCACCAGUGGACGCUGGGCUACCCCGCCAUGCAUUUGCCACGCUCUUCUUUCUCCAAAGUGCCCGGUGCAGUGUCCAGCCUGGUGGAUGCGCGCUUCCAGCUUCCUGCCUUUCCCUGGUUCCCUCACGUCAUCCAGCCCAAGCCAGAGAUCACUGCAGGAGGCAGCGGCCCCUCGGCGCUCAAGACCAAGCCGCGCUUUGAUUUUGCCAACUUGGCCUUGGCCGCCACGCAAGAAGAUCCAUCCAAGCUUGGCCGGGGGGAGGGUCCUGGCUCCCCUGCUGGUGGGCUGGGUGCCCUCCUGGAUGUGACCAAGCUAUCCCCAGAAAAGAAGCCCACGAGGGGACGUCUGCCUUCCAAGACCAAGAAAGAGUUUGUCUGCAAGUUCUGUGGCCGCCACUUCACUAAGUCCUACAACCUACUUAUCCAUGAGCGGACGCACACCGACGAGCGGCCCUACACCUGUGACAUCUGCCACAAAGCCUUCCGGAGGCAAGACCACCUACGGGACCACAGAUAUAUUCACUCCAAAGAGAAGCCUUUCAAGUGUCAAGAGUGUGGGAAAGGAUUCUGCCAGUCCAGGACUCUCGCUGUCCACAAGACGCUACACUCACAGGUGAAGGAGCUCAAAACCUCCAAGAUCAAAUGCUAAACAGAGCCUCUGGGUCGCCAGGACCCUGGGUCAUGCCGCCCCCUCCUCCAGAGGGACCAGAAGCCGACGGCGAAUCUGGCGGGCAGCGGGAGGGGCUCCCGGGACCUUUCCCCAUCCCACACGUGUCCCCUGGGUCCCCGGCGCACGCGGAACUCCAGAGCCCCGCCCAGGGCCGUGACCCGGGGCCGCCCGGGCGGCUCCCCCAGGACGCGGCUAAACUCUUGGCCAAAAGGCGGUACUCACGUGGCGCAAGGGAAACUGCAUUAAAAAAAGAAUGAAAACUCCGCGGAGCCGCAGCGGCGCCUCUCCCAAAAGUAUUACUUUUUCUAUUGUUAUUUUAUACAUUUUCUUUGUUAAUUUUUUUUCUUUGACCAUAUAAGCUUGUAACUCUGACUGCGGAGAGAGAGGGGAGAGCAAAAGAAGUUUUCUGCGCGUUGGCAGCUUCCAACCCCUCCUCCCGCCCCCUCCCCACGCUCGGGAGCCUGCAAAAGUGUAAUCCGUGUAUCUGCUUCAGCCGCCCGGCCCUGGGGCCGCGGGCCCGGGAGCGCCCCCUCCCAGCUUUGGCCGCGCUGCCGGCCAGGGGCUCUCAGCUCUGGGGCCCCGGGGAUCCAGGGGCCCGGCCUCCGGCUCCCCUGCUCCGCCGCCCGUCACCGCGUGCGAGCAGCCGGCGAGGAGCAGGGCGGUGUAUUGCGAUUGGCACUUUAUGCUGACCAUCGGUAACGGACAUUUAUCACUGGAGUUUUUUUUUAAUAUUAAAUAAACGGUUAUUUUACAGGCA